AUGCCCCCAAAACAGCGAUCAACACCCACCAGUGAUACCCCAAUGAGCGAAGGAAGUCGAGCGACCAAGAACCUCGCUCAAAAGUGUAACGAUCCAAAUUUAGCUCCAUCUCAAUGGGCCGUGAACGUGGCCAAUCUUGCAUUGCACACGGACCUAACCGGCUUGGCCACGGCAAAACCGUUGAAUAUUCUCACAUCCGACGUUUUGAAGUACGUACCAGCGAGGCCUCCGCUCAUUUGGGAGCUUGGAGAAGUCAUGAUGAGGGUUAUGAAUGGUGCCAUUUGUCCGGAUUACCUGCUUAAAUUGGGGGAGUGGCACAAGGGGAAAAGCAGGGACGAGCUGUUCCGAGGCCAGCUGAUCACCCAUCAGCCUGAUGAGAACAUGAUCCUACAAUAUCUCCAAGCGCAGGAGCUGCAUCAAGCAUUUCCACCGGACAGCAAGAGACGCUCGGGUAUCAUGUAUAAGAUCAUGCACAAGAUGUGCGAACAACACGACAGUAUCAUACCCUUCGAUGUUAAGGACUUUAAAAUCCACGAACUAUACAAGCCUCGCCUAGUGGACAAGAAGCCUAUCGAUCGAAUGGCGGAUUUCGCGUUUAUCAGCCGACUGGAGGGCACACACCACAGGACACUGGUUGAUCUGUACAGACAAAUGACCCAGUCACGGCUUCCACUCAACCCUAUCCACAGCAAAUUCCUCGCUUUUUCUCCCAUGUGCGGCGGAGUUGUAGUCCGCGAGGGCGAGGGCGACAUCAUCCGGGCCGAAGCUUCCUUGCACAUAAACGCCUGGCACGCAGCAACAAUCCUCCACAUGAAGCGCUUAUGUCGAUAUAUCCGACUGGAUUACGACCAGCAUCCCGCGCCGGCGAGUAUAGGGCUGAAAAUCGUCAACGACACGUGGACGGUUUCCGUGGGCUAUUCAAUGCUCGUGGACGACGAAGAGAAACUGUGCAUUGAAAAUAUUGCUGAAUUCGAGGUGUUACCGGGUAACGUCGCGGGCAUAUACCAGGCCCUUCGCACGAUGAACGCGAUACUCGAGUAUUUCAGAUUCUUCUACUUGCCCUGGAUGAUCAAUUUUGUGAUUCCGGCUGCCAUCAAGACAUUCUCGGUAGUACCAGCUAAGAAGGCCGAUAUAUCGGAUCCCCCUACUCCGCAGACAGAAGAUUGA